UGCUAUCUAUAAAACCAAUUAAAGUCUAUAGUAUUUAUUGUUUAUAUUGAAAGAUAAUGAUAUUUAGGUAAAGUGUUAAUUUUUAAUAAACUAAAACAUCGUUACUCACUUCAGUCAGUCCAACAAUUGCAUAUUACCUGCUUGUGCAAAACCCAUUCAACUAUACUCAAGAAUAGUGAGUGUUGCCAACAACGCGUAUGACUAUCUAAACGUUGUUGAAAAGUGGUCCUUUGCGCAAUAAUAAAAAUAUAUCUCAAUGUGCAGCAAAAAUAUAAACGAAUAUAUUUGUGUAAUAGCAAAAAAUAUACCUGAAUGUGCAGUAAAUAUAAAAACAAAAAUGGGCGUUGAGUAAAAAUAAAUGAUGCAUUACAUUUGAUUCAAUUAAAAAGUACACAUAAAUUUAUUGUAUUGCCUGGCAAUGCUAUCUAUUCUGCAAAUUUCACUUUGACACAUCACGUAUACAAUACUGUCUGUAGUAUCAUUAGUUUAUUCUCUCCCACGCAUCGUUGUUUGCUAAAGCGAGAGCACAGUUUAGCUUAAGGUUCAUGCUUGAAAAAAGGUUUGUCUUUUACGCAUAAAGUGUGUGUUAGAUAAAGUCAACUAUACAGAAAUCCUUUGACUAUGAACGAUUCAUUCCGUUGACGUGAAUAGCAAAUGCAGCGGUGGUAAAACCAUUCAACGAGCAAACGAAGCUGAAAAGUAGUUGCAGAAAGACGACAGAAACGAGUGCGAAACGGAAAAAAUUUUCGUGUCGGAAUCAUAAAAUUUCUACUGCAAGAAAAGAAAAAUAUCGCUCUAAAUACGCUGAAAAUUGUGUGAAAAAUUGCAUUAACAAGCAUUUUAUAGUUUGUUUAUAAUUGAGUGUGUGCAUUGACGUAUAGAUUACAUGGUAAUCUUGUGGAAAUUUGUAUUAUAAAAGUGUCUUCAUACAGAAAAAGUCACUGAAAAGAAGAAGCAUAAAAUUUCAAUUCUGGUAUAGUGUGGUGGAGCUCCGCCAACAAAAGCAAAAAACGAAACCAAACGGUAGCGGCGACUACAUCGAUAAAGUGGAAGUAUUGAAUAAGUGUCGAUAUAAAACGCCGAUGUCGGAUGGUAUUUUGAAAAAGGAACGCAUAAGAAUUCAAAGAAGACUGAGGAUAUAGAUUUAAAAUACCACGAGGAUUCCCUUUUUACGAGGAACGAAUUUAUAAGCGAAACGAUAAGUGUCUGAGGCCGGCAGUAGUUUUAUUUAUCUAUCACGUACCACAAAAUAUAAGUUUUUUCCAACAACACAGGAGUACACUAGUGUGGUAGAUCAAACCGAAACGCAGCGGAUUUUCCGCCGGUAAAAUUGAACCAGCACUCUUCGUCAUUAUACGGCAUUGUGGAGUUUUAAAAUAAAUCUCAUUUACAUUUAAAGCAGCAUAAAAAGUGAGAAAAUACAAACGAGUGUCUGUGAGAAAAAUCUUCGCAGUUCAUAUACGUUUAACAGGCAAAAAUUAUAUGCUGAAACUGUAUUAAUUUCAAAUUUGGCAAGUUGAAGUUGAAAGUGGCCAAAAGUACCAAGUUUAAACAUCAGUCUUAAAAACGAAAAGUUCGCAGAAAUCAAAAAGUCUUAUUACAAAAGCAAAAUAGAGAAAAACCAGCUAUCAUUAUAUAAAAGAAAUUCGAGUAAUUGAUUUGCACACUCUACACAAGAAUACAUUUACAAAAGGCCAGCUGAAAAACUCGGCAGUUUAGAACAACAAUCACUGAACUACUGUAAAUAUAGAGCAAAGUAGCGAAAGAGCGGUGUAUCUUCAAUAUAAAGAAGAGAAACGUGACUUUUUUGUGCAACAAUACGUGGUUGCUGCGAAAACGGUAAUCUAAGCCGGUCAGAAAUAUUGUCAUCUGUUAAAAUCAGAUCGUUAGUUUUAACUUUUUCUCUCUGCAACGUACGGACUAACAACCGAAAGGCACAGUUACAAACACAACAAACAAAUAAACAAACGAAUAUAAAACACUGCGCACCGAGCUGCAGUACUUGUAAAGUAGAAGUGGUGAAGUGAGUGCGGCGCAAGGGGGAGGUAACGCUAAUGAGGAUCUACUGGCAGCAUGAGUACACUGGGGGGAAGUAGGGGAGAGCGAAAUGCCAAGCCCAAGUUCUCAGCACUCGAUAUAAAUCGAAUGUACAAAAAUAGUCGCGGUGAGCCAGCUGAACCAUCUGCACAAAAGAAUCAAGUGCCACGUAAACAUGGAAUGCAAAGUUUGGGCAAAGUGCCGUCCGCAAGGCGUCCACCAGCUAAUUUACCAUCCCUGAAAGCUGAAAUAACAAAUUCGCCAAAUACGAAUAACAAUAUAAUACCAUCAACCGGACAAGAAGUCAACUCAACGAGCGGCGGUCAAAUAACAGCACACACACCCACAGGCGUAGUAAAUAAUCAACAGCAGCAACAACAACAACAAUUGAAGAACAUUAGCAACAAGUCCGCACUUGGCAAUAGUAACAACAAUAAUAACAGCAACAACAAUAGCAUUAGCAACAGCGUCGGUGGCGUAAAACUUGUUAACAAUUCAACAGGUGUAAGCACUGGCGGUAGUGGCGGUCAGCAGCUGCGCAACUCUUCAGUAGCGAAUCACGCCAAUCAACAACAGCAACGAAACUCGCCAAUAACAUGGUCUGCUGUGACAACGGGCAACGAUAUGACCGGCGGUGGCAAGGGCAGCGGUGGUGGGGGCAAAUCAUCGGUACCGCCACUCUAUCAGAGUCCACAGUUUCAAUACGAAUUUCCAACGUUAGAUGGCACAGUUGGCGGCGGCGCCGGUGGUGGUGGUGGUGGCAGCGGCGGCAAUGCAUCGACCCGAAACAAACAGCACCAGCAACAACAGGAGCAUUAUCAUCACCAACAGCAACAACAACACCAUCAUCAGCAUUCGAACCAACAGCAACAACACCACUACCAUCAGCAACAACAUUCGCAACAAAAUCACCAUCACCAUCAUCAGCAGCACCACCAUCAUCAGCCACAACAACAAAAUCACCAUCCACACCAACGAGACUACAACAACCAGCAGCAACAUGGAAGUGGCGUCGGCGGCCGGCACGCACACGAUCAGCGUUACGAUGCGCACAAUUACAAAGAUGGCAGCGACGGAGACGGUGGCAGCGAUUACUCUUAUCAACAACAUCAUCAUCAUCACCGCGAGCAGCAACAGCAACAACAACGCGAACUGAACGAAGUGAGUCUGCGUCCACAAACCGAUGCGAGCACCUGGUUACAGCAGCAGGAAAAAGCAGGCAAGGGCUCAACAGAAGGCCAGUCGAACCAACAGGGCCAGGGCCACCAGGCGCAAAAUGCAAAUGCUGCAGGUGCAGCAGUGCCGUUGCCUAUCCUGCAGUUAAUGCCCUCGUUUAUGCAGCGCGGUGCACCUUUGCCUGCAACUGGCAGCGGUGGCGGGGGAGUUUCUAGCAACGGACCACGCUCUCAAACACCCCCAAACUACCAGAACGGCAUUGGUGGCAAAGAUACGGGUGGUGGCACAUUGCGCUCACAACAACGAGCGACAGGUGGUAAUGGUGGUGGGGGGCAGGAUUAUCGCUCGGGUUCCCCAGCUGUUAGCAGUUUUCGUGCUGCAACUGCAAUACCCAAGAGACCACCGCAAUUGGCCACACCUCCAUUAGGCGGUACGCAAACCCCCAACGGUGGUGUUCGGAAGGAUAAAGAAUUUAUCAUAGAACCAGAAGUUGUGCAGAUGCAACGACCAAUUAUACGCGAAGAAGAUUUGGAGCGUCUUAAUGCUAUAGCCAACGAUGAUAGUUGGACCAAACAAGAUGAUAUAGAUUACACGAAAAAACUGACUUUCUCAGACGAUGAAUCGCCUGAAGAGCAUACGCCAACGCAGGAGCGCGAUCGACCAGCAUUCAGUAAGUCGAGCGGAAGCAGUGGCGGUUCACAUGACCUACGCAAGAGCUCCAACGCGAGCAGCGUGAAUAAUAGCUGGCAACGUAGCGGUAGCAUUAAGGACCAACGUGACAGUGCCGAACGCGAAAAAUCGGCCGAUCGCGAGGAUACGCGUCAGCAAAAUGGACAUCGUAGCAGCGCGGCGGGCAGUAUUGCCCUGGAUGCGGCCGUGUACGAACGUGUAAAGCAACGUAAAGAGGAGGAGGAACGACGCGAAAAAGAGCGACGUGAAGCGGCUGCCCGUAAAUUACAAGAACUCGAAAUGAAGAUUUAUAAUAAAAAGGCAGCGAGCGCAGCAGCUGCUGGAGGAGUUGUCGGCUCAACAAUUGUGGGCUCUGGUGGGGACGCAGUAGAAUUACCGACUCCGCCACCAUCCAUCGGCGGUGGAAGUGAGGAGGAAUUCAAUAUGCGUCGCAGCGGUGGUAGCAGGGAUUACGAGCGAGGCAACACACGUGGCGCCUAUGAUACACGUGAUGUCCGCGGAGGCGGCGACUAUGUGCGAGGUGAACGUGGUGUUGGCACCGGCAGUGGCGUGGGCACACAAGGUGUUGGCGCUGGUGGAAAACCUAUAUUUUCUGCACAAUUCCAAUCAAAUUUGCCGCCACGCUUCCAGAAACAGCAGCAAAUGCAAGCGCAGCUAGGCGGUCCACCGAUUAGCGCUGGCGCAUUAAGUGGCAAUGGCAAAGCGUCUGGUCCGUUGGCUGGUAAUUUAGAUAAAUCGGCCUCGACUACUUCCGCCUAUGAGCCCGGAGCAGGCCGUUAUAUGCAAAAGGGUAGUAAUGGCGGCGGAGGACCGUUGCAACGAGGUGGCCGUGGCGAUUAUCGCGACAAUUAUACUCGCGGUGGUGGCGGCUAUGGGCGUAUACGUAAUGACAGUGAACGCGACGAUGAACCACGCUAUCAUGGUGGACGUGGUGGACGAGGCGGAGAUGAUUAUAUGCGUGGCAAUGGUAUGUCACAAAAUCAGUUGUCACGCAGCAUAUCGGAUACUUCUCAACGUAAAACUAGCGUCUCGUCCAACGACGAGUCCAGCAAGUAUGGCGGCAACAGCAGUUUGAACGAUUCAAAGGAGUUUGGCAGCGGCGCACUUGUGUCGUCUUGGGCUGAGGAGACAGAUGCCGAGUUGAAGCGCCAACGCGAAGAGAGUUUCUCUUCAACGCAUAGUCAAGAGUCACUACCCAUAAAAAUACUGCAACGACCACAUACGCAGAAGAGUGUGUCGGAGGAGGAAACUUCACCAGCUCAGCAGCAGCUGCUGCAACAACAUUCACACUCCCAACAACAGCAAUUGCAAUCUCAACAACAACUAACGCAACAACAACAACCACAACAACAGCAUCAACAUCAAGCACCGCAUCGGCGCAGCGAAAGUGAACAAACAACGCUUUUUGCACCUACUCAAAUUUUACGCCGCUCCGAGUCGUCGAGUGAUGAGAAACCCAAACAGCCACAUCAAACAGGCAGUGCGGACGUAGUCGCAGCAAGUAAAAUUAGCGAAGAGAAGAGCGCAACGAUAACAAAGCCGACAGCAGACGUGGAAUCUCAACAAAAGAAGCGUAAAGAAAGUGAGAGUAGCAAUUCCGCUGCUCCAAUCCAUUCAGGAGCUAGGAAGGAAUCCUUAUCGACUGAUGAUAGCAAAUUGCUGGUUGAUGAAAACCGUUCGGCAACAUCUUUAACAGCAGUAAGUCAACCGCAGCGUGAGCCGAAAAGACCUUGUGCACGCGGUGGCGCUGUUGGCGGAGGUCGUGAUCGUGCCGGUGAACGUGAUCGUGAUCGAGAUCGUGACAGAGAUCGGGAGCGGGGCCCUCAUUCACGCGCUUAUCCCGGCUGCCGUGGCGUCCGCGAUUGGAAUCCUCGUGCUACACGUGGUGGACGUUACUAUGGUCCCAAUGAACCGCGAUUACCCAGCGAAUCGGAACAUUCAGAGGAUGUCGAUGAAGAGGCGUAUGGCGGAGGUGGACGGCGUGGUGAUCGCCAGAGCCCUAAAGUUCCACGAAAAGAUCACGGUGGUCACCGCAGCGGCGGAGAAGAACGUAACUCUAAGGAGGGUUUCGCACCACGUGGAGAACCAUCACGUCGUGGACGUGGAGGUGGUGCGAAUAUUGGUGAUCGCAUCGAUCGGGGUGAGCGUGGCGAUCGCGGUGAUCGUGGGACUUCUUCGUCUUAUAGACGUAAUGAUGGUGGUGGUAGGAGUCAAGGACGUCAUUAUGGCCGACAGCCCUACGAUGAACAUCAUAAAGAUCAUAAGCGCAGCUCAGAGUCGGAAACAACAGGUGGUGGUAGUGAUGUUGAUAAAACUAAACAAAACCAAUUAGCACUUAGCGCAGGACUUUCUAAAGUUAAGGACUCCAAUGUGACUACGACAACAUCUGCAGAUGAAAAGACGCGCAUACAGUCUGGCGGUAAGCAACAGACUCCUUCACAAGGCGCAGCAAACGCGCAACAAAGCAAGAAGGUCGGUUCGGUUGGAGAGCCAGAAAAGAAGGGUGCUACCACCACUCAACCAAAACAGUUUGGUAGUAACAGUGGAGGCGGGACGCAAGCUCGUAAAGAGAGCACAUCGAGCAAUAAAACUGAUGAGAUCGCCGAACGCGACCGUAAAUCCGCUUCAAAAGAAAAGGAUUUACCCAGUGGCGCCGUGCAACAGACGCAACAACAGCGCAGCAAUAGUUCGGCACAAUUGCCCGCAGCGCAACGUAGCAGCUCUAGUGUUGGUGCAAAGAAACAAGAUUUACCUAUGGCCUCAUUGCCCACCUCGCAAUCGGCAUCCGCUAUUGGCGCUAACAAAAUCAACCAGCAAUCGCAACAACAAACGGUGACGAAACCUCCACCCGGACUGGGUGGCGUCAACAGCGGGGGCAAUUUCAAGCCUACAAACAGCACCUCGCUGCCAAAUCAGAGUGUUGCUUCGCAACAGCAACAGCAACAACAACAACAAAAACAAAACGUCGAAUUACAGAAGAGUAAAUCGGAUACAAACACUGUUACAACGAGUGUGGGACGUCAACAGCCAUCCUCACAGCAUCGGACUUCCAUCAGCGAGAUGGACAAAGCGAAAUUGGCAGCCGGCGCGAGUGAGAAACAGAAUGCGGUUGUCAGCGGGGGCAGCACCCUAUUACUAGAUGGUGCACCCGUCAAUACGAUUAUCUUUGAGAAUACCAACUAUAAACAACAAGCGCAAGCAGCGCAGCUUAAACGCUCCUCCGAGUCUUUGAGCUCAGCCGUUAGCAGCGGUGUUAGUGUCUCCGCUGUUGAGACGCUAAGCACGGCGCUUUCGCAGAUGUCUUUCGCCAAAGGGAACGAUACGACAGUACCUGGCGGCGGCGUUGUGGUAUCCGCUGCAGGAGACUACGACAAAGACAUGAAGUUGGGCUUCACUUUUGGUGACGCCACUGAAACAUACGUCUCGGCGGUGCCGAACAAGUCGCCAAAUGACAACGAAUCCAAAGUUGUUAGUGUGGUUGCGCAACAGGUAGCUGUCACCGCUGUCGGACAACAACAACAUCAGCAGGUGCAACAACAACAGCAACAAGCUCAGAAUAUUAUUUCAACUGCGGAUUUGAAUAUGAAAAUUGCGAGUGUGAAGAAGGUAUGGGAGAGUGUAGCGCCUAUGACUUCUGAGGCGAGUUCGUCAGCGUUACAGCAUCAACAAGUAGCACACCAACAGCAGCAGCAGGCACAGCAACAAGUCCAACAACAGUUGCAGCAUCAACAGCAGCAGCAACAACAACAACAGCAACAAGCUCAACAGCAAUUAGAGGUGGUUGAUCCAAGUGGACAUAUGUCGGCGGCUGCUUCAUUUGUAGCAGCUGUUGCAGCAUCGCAACAACAACAUCAGCAGCAGCAUAUGCCACAUUAUGCCGUCGCCGCUGUUCCCCUGCACCAACAUCAACAUCAACACCACUCCCUGUCCUCGCCGGGUCCAGUACCAAGCGGCUACGGCAGCCAUGGCUCACCCUUCGACGUCGCCACUCCACUCGAACAGCAGUUCGCACAGAGCGGCAGUAUUGUGGUGGGCGGGGCCGAUGAUCCGACUAGUGUCGUAGGUUAUCCCAGCCCACAGCAGACCCAACAACAGCAGGUGCAGUCUGCUGCCGCUGCACAACAACAACAACAGGUGCUGAAACACCCAGAUGUUGUGAAACAGCAGCAGCAGGCGUCUGCUGCAGCAAAACAAUUGCAACAACAUCAUGGCUCUUCGAUGGGUAUGUCACCACCACCUAAUAUGCAACAACAACAGCAGCAACAACAACAACAACAGGCACAGCAUCAACAAUCAGCGGCUGCGCAACAGCAACAAUUGCACGCAGCACCGCCCUCCUUCUACCAAGCAUCACCACAAUUCACCGGCAUACCCAGUCCCCCAACUGUCGUGUUCAAUUCGUCGCAAAUGGCACCACCACCUUCACAGGCUGGCCUCUACGCACCAUUCCAUUCACUCGAUCAUUCGAGCCGUUCACAAUUCUCAGCCGCCGCAGCGGCACACAGUUUCCCCGGUCACUAUAGCGCAGCGGCAGCGGCCGCCGGUGGACCUUUUAAUGCAUAUACAAUGCAAACGCCACCCAAUAUGGCUGCUGCACCCACCCCCGAAAUGUAUUCCAGUCUAACGUCACAGUUUCGCAUGGGCGGAGGUCCAUCACCUUUCGGUAAUCCAAAUUCUCAACAGCUAAGCAAUCCCAAUGCACAAGCAGUGACGAUAAUUUCCUCUAAUUCCAAUUCGAUGAUGUCAUCGGUAGGUUCGGUGAAGCCACCACCAUCAUCGCAACAACUCGGCACGAUCGGUUCGAAAGGUGGCGGCGGUGGUGGUCCUUAUGCAGCGCAACAAUAUAUGAAUCUGUAUCCGGGUCCACCACCACAGCAUCCACAAGGGGGUCCACCUGGGCCACCUGGCGCACAUCAAUUGCAAUCGAAUAGUUACUACUCGAAUUCGGCUAGUGGACCGAACGGACCGGCAUUCUACGGCGGUCCACCGCCGCCACAAGGCGCAGGCGCUGGUGCGCAAAACUUUGGUCUAGCAGCUGCAGCUGCAGCUGCGGCUGGUCUAUAUGGCGGACAUCAAGGCGGACCGCCCGGUUCGAAUGGACCACCUGGACCACAAGGCCCACCUGGUCCACAGUCGCAACAUACAAUGGGCAACUUUAAUACACCAUUUAUGAAUUCGCAGUUACUGACGGCCGCGAGUAUUAAUCAAUUUCGCGCAGGACCAACGCCUCAGCAGCACGCAGCUGCCGCGGCCGCAUAUAUGAAAUCUGGACAAGGACAAAGCCAUCUACAGGACUCGAUGGGACGCCAACUUAAAAGCCCACUCGGAGCUGACGUCAGUUUAAGCUUGGCCAAACAGGUGCAAUCUCAACCCAGUCCACCACACCACAAGAACUAUGGCAGCUGGGAUCUGCAAAAUCAAGUAAUGCAACAACAAGCACAGCAACAAUCUCAAUCACAACAGCAACAAGCUGCGCAGCAACGUGCUGGCGGUGUCGGUGGUGUAGGUAGCGGUGGUAACGUACAGAAUAUGCCACCUGGUAGUCGUGGUGGUGGUCCACCAGGUGUUCAAGGCGGUCCUGGCGGCGGUGGUGUUGGCGGACAAGGUGGUCAAGGACGUUAUCCGACUCCAAUACAGCGCCCUAACAAUUAUCCCCAACAUCCACAAGGUGGCCCCCAGUCACAGCAACAACAGCAGCAGCAACAACAACAGCAGCAAUCACAAGCUGGCCAAAGACCAAAUAACAUGCGGCAAGGACCUGGUGGUGGGCCACCCGGUAGUGGUGGUGGUAAUGGACCGCAAGGUGGUGUUGGUGGCCCUGGCGGUCACAAUAAUGGCAAUGUAGGCGGUGGUCCCAACGGUGGUGGCGGUCAAGGUUGUGGCCCUGGUGGUCCAAACAAUGGUGGUGGAGCUGGCGGCCCCAACGGCGGUGGACAAAUGAAUAAACCCUACUAUGCGAACAAUGCAGGCGGCGGUGGAAGUCGAGGUAAUUGAAUGAGCCAAGCGACCACACCAACAUAUACACACACACAUGCCAACCAGUAAUCCAAGACAGUAAGAGCAAGCAUAUAAAUAACUGGAAAGCUCACAAUGCGUACUAAGAAAUUUAAUAAUUCUUACAAAAUGUAGCACAAACGUGAAGUUUGUGAUAAGUGUGAGAAAUACGCAAUUAAAAUUAAAUAUGGAAAUACGAGCAUUACGUAAACAAUAGUAAAAAAAUACGAAAAUUGCAAAAUGCAAUAAAACAAUGAUAAACAGAAAUAAAAGUAAUUAUUAUAAUUGUUUCAGUAGCGAAAAUGCGCAGAUAUGCAACAAAAACAUAGUAAUUAUAAUGAAAAAAUUAAGUUGAAAAAACUGUACACAAACUUUAGUGCAUCUGGCAUAAGCGAAAAUGCGUUUUGUAACGGCAAAUGUUGAAAAGUGCCGCAAAAUAACGGCUCAAUGUGACUUUUAACUUUGAUAAAUACAGAGAAGAGUGUGUUCAGUGUUAAUGCAUUAACUGCAAAUGAAAUUUCCUAACGGUAAAGUAUAGAAAAUUUACUGUUACAAGCGUAAGAAAACUAGUUUUCUUUUCGUUUAUGGACAUACAUAUGUGCAAUUGUUUUGUGUGCAGAAAAAAUAAACAAAGUUUCAACAUGAAAUUGUAACACUUACGUAUCCUUAAUAUUCCCCAAAAAACUCUGCUUCAAAGUUUGGUGAAAGAGAGCAACAAAAAAAGAAGAAAAAAACUUUUAAAAACAACAAGAAUAUUAAAAAAAAAAAAACUAUUUAAUAAAUGAAUGCAAAAAUGGAAUGGAAAUGUGCACGUUUUCAAGUGGUGUGUAAGACGUAGAAACCGGGUCGAAAAUUAUAAUGAGCUGGAAAUGAAAAAUGUAAUGAAUAAUGAAAAAAUGAUUAGAAAAGUUUAAAAAUCUGGAACUAUGAAACGCGCAAAUCAAGAAAAGUGUAGGUGAACAAAGAAAGUAAGUGACAGGAGCAUGGCAGCAGUUAGGCAGCAACUUUAGUGGCUACUAGCCCAUUUGUGGUACUACUCAUUAGGUACGUACGCAGUACAGUGGCAGCGUGUGUCUGUGAAUUUGUAUGCACAAAUAUUUGUUAAAAGUUAAAUGCUUUUGAUAGUGAAAUACUUUGAAUUAGCUUUGACAUAAAAUAAAGUAAAAAAAAAUAAUCAAAGUUGCUACAGCUGCGGUGAGGCUGCGGCUCACUUAUUGGAGAACGAAUUCUUUGUGGCAACUUUAUUUUUAGUUAAUUUUUCUUUCAAAUAUGUGUCACUACGGCUAGAGACGAUUUAGACGAAUAUUUGAAGUAACUUAUUUCCUACAUUUUUGGAAUGUAAAUUAUUUGCACGUGGAAUUUUGUAAUCAUGUUAUAAAAAUAUACGAAAUGCUACAAUUUUCAUAUUAGAAGGUAAUAUUUCACCAACAGAGCAUAGUUAUGUUUAACAAAUAUAUAAUUUUGUCACAAUUCACUAUUUCUACACAACAACGCGCCACGCUGCAUCGCACGCAUAUUAUAUACAUAUAUACCUAAAUGUGUAAUAAUAUAUGCUAUAUAAAAAAUAUAUAAUACUAAAAAUUAACUUUGAAACAAAAAUUAGUAAUAACAAGCAAAUUAAAAUUGCUUUCUAUGCAAUUUAAUUGUUUUAAAAUUGUAUGGUUUCCUUAGCGCGCUUAUAAGCGUCCGAACGAUUACAAUUCAUUUGCACUGUAGCAAAGAAUAGUGCAUUUAUGUAUAACCAGUUUUACGUCUACCGUCACAACAACUGUUUGGACACAUACAUACAUAUAUACAUACAUUUACUUGAAUGAAUGCAUAAAUAAAUUAAUAAAUAUUUAUACUUACAAAUAAAUAAAUAAAAAAUGUAAAACAACUCGGCUAAAACACACUGAUGUACUAUUAUAUAUUGGAGGGGCAUGCGGCAAUGAUGUUCUAAUAGAAAAAGUUCGUUAAGCGGAUUUAAUAAGCUAAGCAAGUGCGAUUUCUGAAGAAUUGUAAGAAAAAAUGUCUUUUUGGAGAAUGGUUACAGCGAUUUAGUAAGCGCAACCGUUAUCUCUUAUACAAGCUAUGCAGUGCUUGUUGGCGCUUUGUGCGAAAUAAAUCGCCAACUUUUGUAGUUAAAAAAACUUACGCUUUAUUUUUAUUUAUUAAUGUUUUUUGUGCACAUCUGAUGUUUCGAAACUGUUUGUAUAUCUUAUAGCCAACAGUUUUUGAAUCGUUGAACAUAAGAAAAACACAUUCGUGAGAAGUAUGCUUUACAUUGUCAAAUACAUACAAUUUUUUUUUUUGUAGAAAAAUAAUCUGCUAUAAAAUUUUCAGCACAAUAAGAAAAUGCAUUUGAAAUAUUAAAUUUCUAGUUUUUUCGUAACACUUCAAAGUAAACAUUUGCACUUUAAAAGCUGAACGUUCAAAAUUGAAAAAUUUAGAUGAAAUGUAUGAUAAAGCUUCUCAAUACUUUUUCAAUUUUUCUUCAUCUUCAGCAAAUUCACUUUAUGUAGAUAAAUACAAUUAAAUGCGUAGAUUUUUUUCUGCAACGCUGCACUUCAUUAUCCCUCCCAACUAACUGCAAAUAUAUGCAGCUACAAUGUUGUAACUGCAAUAAAAUGUCUGCGACCUCACUUUUUUUUCUACAAUAACAGUUUGCUGUCUGUAACCACUUGAAAAUGUCGCACUCAAACACAUAAAUAUUAUAUUACUAUUAUUUACACUUUAUUAUCUACUAUUAAACACAAAUGAUUCAUUUAAAAAUAUUUUUUUUUUAUAUACAUAUAUUAUUAAAACAAAUCAUUAUAUAUCGAUAACAAUAUAUACAUAUGUAUUUCUCUUAUAAACAAAAAAAUCAAGAAAUAAUAAUGCAUACAUACAUUUUUUAUUUAUUUUAUAAAACAAAAAACAUUAUUUAAAUAUUAAUUUGUAGUUUAAAGCGCCAAGAAAAAAUAAAGCGUUACAUAAAGCGUAAGAAAGUUAACCUAAAACACUGCUUAAACAAAUGGAAAAAAGUAAAUAAAAAAUAUUAAAAGUAAAUUAAAAAAUACACAAAAAUUGCAAAAUAAAGAAAUACAUUAUCUUCUACUUUAGUUGGAAAGUCUUUAAAUCAACACAUGCACUGCACACUGACGGACAAACAGGUAUAAUAGGCAUUGGGAAAAAUAUUCAAAGAGUAGCAUGCAAAAAUAUUUAGUGUGUUGGAGAUGGUGAGAAUAUGGUAUUAAAAACAAUUAUAAGUUUACAAACAAUACAACGUUGGGGUUUGUGUAUAGUAAUAAAAUCAAUUUUGUCUAAAAAAAUGAAGCCUAGUUAUCUAAGUAAUACUUUUUGUUUGCUAUUCCAAUGAUAUUAUUUUCAUCUUCUAUAUAAUUUUUCAUCACUUCUGUACAUUUAUUUACAAAAUUAUUAAUAUUUUUGUAUUUUAUUAUAAACAAGCGACAAAAAGCUUAAACAAGUUGAAUCUUCAAACGCUUCACUUCAAAGUUAUUUUUUGAGUGGCCUAAACGUGUAUACUUUGUAGAAAGUUUUGUUUUGUAAAUGGUAAACGUGUUGCAAACAAUGUAUGUGUCAACAUUUUUUCUUUUAUUAAUGCAUUUUUUUUUGGUUUGGUAGCUGAAUACAGUUUUUAAACAAAGUAAUUUGAAAAUCGCAAAUGUAACAUUAAUUUUAAAGUUUAAAAUACUGUUUCCUAAGUUAAUUGUAAAAAAACGCAAGCGGCAGUUAAUUUUAAUGCAUAACGAAAAUAGUAAUUAUAAAUAUUAACUAUCCUAAAGUAUGAUAAUGUUUAUGAAUAUAACACACACAAAUGAAAACAAAAAACUACGUAAAAAAUAUAAAACUUUCCAGAUUAAAAAGGAAGACCCGAAAACCACAA